AUGGAUGGGACCAACAUUUCAUUGCAAUCCGGGAUUUUUAAGGAAGAACUUGCUGUGCCGAAUGAAAAAAUCUCAUUGAAGGAGCUGCGAGAACUGGCUGUGACAUUUAUUCAGAAAACUACGUCUUUUGUGAAAUUUCAGUAUCCGAAGCAUGGCUUUGGCGUAGCGUUGCCGGAUCAUUUACUACUCUAUCGGCAUGAUGUCUGUUCAGUCAAUAUUCUGCAGCUAAUCACUUCAAGCAGUGACGUCAUUGACGGAGCUCUGAUAGAGGUUGUCAUCAGCCCAUAUCCACAUCAGGAACGAUUGGUUGUGCAUCCACAUACACUCUAUGUGCACAGCUACAAAUCGCCAACUUUUUGCGACUUCUGUGGCGAGUUAUUGUUUGGUUUAGUGAAGCAAGGCUUGAAAUGCCAAGGUUGUGGGCUAAAUUACCAUAAACGUUGUGCCUCGAAGAUUCCCAACAACUGCAGUGGCUCGAAGCAGCGAUGUCCGUCUGCGAUAACCCUGUCAGCUGGAAAUUCUGGUGCUCGAGUUAGUGUGUUUUGA